AUGAAGCUGUUGUUAGUUGCAGGACUGCUGCAUAUCGCGACGGCCGCUGCCGCGCGUGUGCUAUCAUCCGGCAGCUCUGUCGACGUGGGCGAUAUUCACUACUUUGUCCCACCGUGGUACGUGGGCAAACUCGACGAUGCACCCCUUGUGGAAGAAGACGGGCUUCUUCCAGUCACGGUGGUGAACGCACAGUCAGAAGCCUUUGAUGCAUCAUUGCUGUAUCAAAUCACAAAAAGCUUUCUGGAAGAUGACGACGUCAUUCAAGAAGAGUUUUUGAAGGUGAUAUACCUGGUAGGCAAGUCAGCCAAGUCUGCGAGGCCGAUUUCGCUGGACAAUGCGACAGUGGUACUGACAGAUGUACAAAAUGUCACCGUGCCAAAUGGACCAUAUUUCGCAUCGUCAUCUGGAAGACUGUACAACGCGUACAGGCUGUAUUCAGAUUUCGCCGGCGCCUUUAGCGAGACCAGCAUCAUGGCUCCCGACGGAUCGCACACUGUCUUGCCAGCCAACAUGCCCGGGCAAUCACUGGCCGUCGCCGUCCCGUCCCGUCUACUGUUCACCAAGUCUGCGGAUAAGCCGUUGGCUGGAGUCCGCCUCGGCGUCAAGGACAUUUUCGAUAUUGCUGGCCUCAAGACGUCCAACGGCAACCGGGCAUGGUACCAGCUGUACCCAGAGGCCAACCAGACGGCCAGCGCCGUGCAGAAGCUUGUCGAUGCUGGCGCCGUCAUUAUCGGAAAGAUGAAGGCGAGCCAGUUUGCGAAUGGGGAGACGGCGACGGCGGAUUGGGUCGACUACCACGCCCCGUUUAACCCGCGCGGCGACGGCUAUCUCGACCCGUCGUCCUCCUCUGCAGGUCCAGCGGCAGGAGAGGCUUCCUAUUCGUGGCUUGAUAUUGCCCUUGGCUCAGACACUGGAGGCAGCGUUCGCAGCCCCAGCCAGCUUCAAGGCAUAUACGGAAACCGUCCAAGCCAUGGCUUAGCCGCUCUAGACCAUACCAUGCCGUUAUCUCCAGAAUUCGACACUGUCGGACUAUUGGCUCGCGAUCCCGUCCUCUGGGCCGACGCCGCGACAAUUCUGUACCAGCCCAGCAUCAUGGCCCAGUCUUCUUCCACCUACCCCAAGCGCAUCCUCGCCGCCGGCUUUCCCAGAGCCACGCAGACAGCGCUCGAUCAGCUGCUGCACGCCUUUCUGCACAGCCUCGCAGACCUCUUGUCCGCCCGAAACGUCUCCGACUUCAACCUGACUGAGCGCUGGGCGGCGGGUACCACCAACCCCUCCGCCGAGCCGCUGCUCUCCAUGAUCAACAGCACCUACGAGGUGCUCUCGGCAAAGCAGCAGGCUAGGCUGGUGCGCGAUCCCUUUUACGCCGACUACGCGGCCAGGCACGACGGACGCUUGCCGCACGUGAAUCCUGCGCCGCUGCGCCGCUGGGCACUCGGCGACGACGCCAACGUGACGCUCGAGGAGGCCAUGGCGAAUAAGACGCGGUUCAUGAAGUGGUUCAACGGAAGCGUGCUCAAGCCUGACAAUGCGAGCUGCUCGAGCGACUUGUUCGUGUACGUCCCGCGGACGCCGACACCGAAAUACAGGGACACGUACUGGACAGGUCCGCAGGCGCCUGGCGCGUUUUCGACGAGCAGAAUCUCGGUCAUGGCUGAAAUUCCCGAUAUUGUGAUUCCGAUUGGCGAAGUUGAAUACGUGUCAAAGGUGACGAAUCAUACGGAAUAUCUGCCCGUAACGGUGGACUUGAUGGCGGCCAAGGGAUGCGACGGCAUGUUAUUCUCGCUGGUUCGAAAGAUGCACGAGGUUGGCAUGAUUUCAACAGUCAAACCUGGGCGGAGUCUGGUGCAUGGUGGCAAUGUCUUGUAUUGA